CGCUCAAGCUAUAGACCUCUUAUUAGCAUGCCCGUGACAUUGAAGCAGCUCUUUGAGAAGUCUCAGCUUCUGACCACUUCGGUCAACGAAAGCGAAUUACCAUACAUUGAGCGCCGCCUGGACCAGAUAGAAUCGCAGUCCAAGAAUCUCCUGGACGAGACUUCAAAGCAUCCUCAAAAGCCACACGACAUUAACAGCAGAGCACACUUUUUACUGGCCAGUGCUGGUGUCAAUACCCAUCAACUUGUUAACGAUCUCAACGCCAUUCAACUCGACAAGUCGCUUGAACCCGUCGCCUCAUUGUACAGUACCGAUAUUGAGGGUUUCCUUAGACAUGCUCAUCAAGAUACGGUAGUUAACGUGUUAGACGACAGUCAGGGCUUGCCUGGUUGUGAAACUGUAAAGGAUAUUCUUGAAGAGCAAGCGAAAGAUGAUAAUAAUAGCGAUGCAUCGAAGGGUAAUCAAAUGGAAGGAGUUGCACAAGAUACCUGGAAGUUGCCAACAUACACGAAGGGAUCCAAUUUGCUGGCUGCUAUCCGAAAACGGAAUUUGCAAGCUAUGGCAUCCAGCCAACCAGAUAGUAAAAAGACCGAUCAGACCGCCAUUUCACAACAAGCAAAAGAUUCAACAGCAUCACUAGACUCCAAACCGGCGAAUGCAUGGCAACUCAUUGAUCGGUUAUUGGCAGCGAAGACCGAUGCGCAAAACGAUCCUCAACAGGUACAACAGAAUAUGGCGCUUGUUAAGUCAUCCAAAGCAUUUCUGGAAGAGCAAUUCUUGCUGUUUGUGGAUGAUACUCUCUCGAAACAUGUCUUGGAAGCCAAGAUCGGCGGUAUACCGUCAGUUGCGAACAGGAUCCGUGGCUAUAUGAAUAUUGCCUUGAAGCGAUCCGGUUUCUGGACUACACCAAGACUGGAGGUGCUGCAUGACAUUCCCAUAUGGGCAUACGUAUUCUUCCUCUUCCGCGCAGGCCGCGCAGACGUUGCAUUGGAAUUUGUGGGUCGUAAUGAAGCAUUGUUCAAGACAGAGCCACAGUUUAUAUACUUUUUGCAGGAAUACCUUGCGGAUCCUAAUCACAUAACAUCCAAACACACUCGAAAUAUCAUACUCGAAUCAUACAGACGUCUAUGCUAUACCGGCCAGGGAAGUGACCCGUACAAGAUUGCUCUCUAUAAGAUAUUGGGCAGAUGUGAACUGUAUAAGAAGAACUUGCCCGAAGUUACCCCAAGCAUUGAAGAUUAUCUUUGGCUUCAGCUGUCGACUAUACGGGAAUUCCCCAACUCCAUGGACUCUGGAACAGACAUGUACACAGUCAAGGACUUGCAGACUCUGUUAAAACAAUACGAGCCUCAACUUCGAAACAGAUCCAACCCCAAUAUUAUUACCAAACCCAACCCAUAAAAACAAAUCCCUCCCACUCGCUCUUUUUUUUCCAAUGUCAAAAAUUUAAUACACAGUUGAGAUGAUUGGUAUCAAACACAAACAAAUGAUAAAAGUGAUGUGCGAUGUGUGUCUAU